AUGGACUGCCCCGACGAGCUAGUACCAUUCGAGAACGCCACGAAGGUGGGGGUACUUGGCCUGUACCAAGGAAGGAGUACAGCUGACCUUGAAGAGGCCAUUCAACCCUGCGGUCCCGUCAUCCAAAUCAUAUACAUACCCUCUAGUAACCCGACUAUCGAACCCAGGUUCUCAAAUCCCGCCAACUUCACAUUGGAGAUACUGAAUAGCGGGUGUGAGAGUGGGACGACGUCGUGCUCGGUAAUUAUCAGGGACUGGACAUUGGCCAUUCAUUUUACGUUUGCAGGGUUGAGGCCUGCUCAGCCGAGAGAAGCGAUAGGUGAAGUAGGCGGUGUUUCCGUCCGGUUUAAAGGUGGUGGAUGUGAUGAUGCUGCGCCGUGGUUGCCCCACGAUAGUUUCUUCCGAGCCGUUACCCUGCACAUUCGUGACGAAAGGUUUCGUGGUGGUACUCUAUUGGUACUCUAUGUCACGGCGGGCAAGGAGCUGGCCAUGCAUUAUCCAUGCGAUGCCAAUUUUUAUUCUGCAUCUGGCUGUAAUAUCCCUUGCACUGUUCCGCAAGCCGGUUUAGCUCAAGAAAACUUGUUCAGGAAGGAUGGAACUUUGAGGUCAAAAGCCAGUCCUCGCCUUUUCAACGCUCACGUCGAUCCGUCCGCUGCCUUGUCAUACUUCCGAGAACUCUGCUCUUCAUUCACGGACGGUCCCCCAGACGUGAUUGACAACUUCCCCCAGGACGUGACGCGUCUCGUUCGGUCUCAAGGGGGACCUGCCGUCACAUUUCCGGCAACCCUUCAGGUAGCACUGGAGCCAUGA